UUCCUGUCUUACCUUCCCCGCUUUCAGAGCCUCGCCGCCCCUACCCUGCUGCUCCUUUUCCCCUCCCUCUCCAUCUGCUGUCCGAGACGAGAUGGGUCCUCACGGCCAAACCACCUCUCUCCAACGCCUUCUUCUCGUCGAGAAGCGAAUAGUUCGGGUGGUGGAGCUCGCGGGAUCGGUGAUGGACGAGCUUGCCAAUUCCACUGGACCCCGAACGGACAUCCUCACCACCCACUGCCGCGAGUUCAUGCAGUCCAUCAAGGAGAUUCAAACAACAUUGCGUGAGGAAAUCAAAAGCGCAUGUGAGUAUCGUCCAUUUGAGAAGUGUGAUUAUAGUGCCAGAAUUUCUAAUGAGAUUUGUUGCAAGAAAUUGGAAUACAUUAUUGAGCAGUUGGAUGGCAUGCAACAAAGCAUUGAUCAGUGUAAAGAUGGAAUAUGAGAAGCUAAACUUCAUCUAGAUGAGUCAUGCAAUUUUCUUUCUCAUCGUGAGUGCAGCUGUGAAUAUUCUGUCAUUGGGGCUACAAUACAGCUUGAAGGAAACGGAUCAACAUGGAAAACAAAAUGCCCUCUGAUUGCCCAGGAUCAUGAAUCAAUGGAUGGAGAAGUUGCUACAAGCAAUUAUAUGGACUCUCCUUUCUUUUAUAUGAUGAGAUACAUUCAAUGAACUUGUUAUGGAAUGAAAUUUACUUCUGACUUCAGAUGCAUUAGUGGCAUGGGGUCAUUGUUGGAA